AUGGCGAAGGCCAACCUGACAGACUUCCCUCCUGAGCUACUGGACCAUAUCACAACCUACUUACCAUCAGCGCGAUCGUUACGUUGUCUGGGCAAGACCAACAAGGCCUUACAUACCUUCGUGGAGAAGGAUGCCUGGCAGACUUUUGCUCGUACACACUUUCCCUCGCUGAUACCAUCCUGUUCGCCAUCCUACAAAGAUGCUUCACGAACGUUGACGACCUUGUCGAAAGCAUGGGACCGACGGGGCCUCGUAGCUCGAUAUAUUGAGCCUCAGGGCAAUAUACGUGCCUUUCCAGGCAACAAGCCAGUAGAGAGAUGGAAGAAGCCUAGAGGACAGACCAUUGGCUACACGCCGCAGCUUGAUGUGUACGAAGAUAUUGGGUCGAGGUGGCAAGAUCGAGAGGAGACACUGGCGUUCAGUGCAGGUGCCGAAGUCUGUAUACGCAAGAAUAAGCGGGAUAGUAGAGGUGAACAUGUUCGAUGGUUGACAUAUCGGCCACUGAGCGCGCACGAAGGGCGGGAUGAUAUCACGACCUUACAUCUGCUCAGGCCUGAGCAUGAUGGCAUGGGGGGGAACCAGAGAAUGAUCACAGGGACAGCCAAUGGUGACCUCCAGCUGCUCUCGAUACCAGGCGAUGACAGUACUGCGGUCCCUAUCACGUACUUUACCACCCAAGGCCAAUCUGUACGGUCGACUUCGCUACUACAGAGACCCUCUGAGCCUUCUCUGCUUGCAGCAAAUAUGGGCGAUUCACGAGUCAGCAUCUACUCGGUUGAUAUGUCGGCCACAAAGAUCGAACCUCUGAGUAGCAUUGAUAUACUUGCUCCACAAACUCCCAACGGCGAACGACAAAGGCUUCACCGGGUCUGGUCUGCACAGCUCAUGUCGCCACACCGACUCGCUGCUGGCAUCGGGCCGUCGUCCGAGCCAAUACACGUAUACAACCUCAGUGCUACUGGUAUUGACAAGGACCCACUGCGAAAGUUUAGCUUGGAGAACGAUUUAGAAGCGAUACACGGUGCACGACUCGACCAGAUCUCGAGUGCAGUAGCAGUGCCGAGCACUAUCAAGAAAAGCACCUCUUCAGUCUAUCCUAUCGUGCCGCUCCCGCCCGCGAGCACAACUGGCGGCAGCACCACAGGCGAUGUCUUCCUCUCCGGUGCAUAUGACAGCGUCAUUCGCCUCCACGACUUACGAUCGAAACGAGAAUUUGAGCAGUCCUACACUGAUCCGACAGACGAUAGCGCGAUCUACAGUCUGCUGCCACGAGGUCAGGAAACGCUAGUAGCAGGCACAAGCCGGCACAGCUUACUUAAAUUCUUCGAUAUGAGAAUGGGUCGGAAGUGCUACAUUUACCUGGACGCAAGCACUCCCGCAGAGGCCAAGCCUACGCAACCUAGUAGAACGAAGAACUGGAAUCUCUUCCUCAAACCCACCAAUGCCACAUACCCUGGUCGUGGAGGGGGCAAUAACUGGUCCCGCCGCUCGCAGGAAAGCAGUGUCUACUCCCUCGCCUCAUCCUCGCCACACUCACCACACAUCUACGCCGGCGUCGAGAGCGCCGUCGUGGAUCUAGCCUUCACAUCCUUCCUCGACCGUCAUCCAGACCCGGUACAUUUCUCACCCUGGAAGCCAGCUGGCAAAGGCAAGGAAGACAGUUGGCGGUCGAGAGAGGUACUGGAUCUUGCAAUGUAUGAUCAGUCGGCUGAUAUGAAGUUGCAUACACAGAGGAGUCUGUGGGCGACUUGGAGAGGGAAUCAGAAUCCUGUUGGUAGGACGUUGGACUUUCCGAGGGUGGAAGGCUUGGAUGAGAGAUGGAGGGUGGGUAGUGGACCGUGA